AUGGACGCGGGAUUCUUCCGCGGAACAAGUGCAGAGCAGGAUAAUCGGUUCAGCAACAAACAGAAGAAACUACUGAAGCAGCUGAAAUUUGCAGAAUGCCUAGAAAAAAAGGUGGAUAUGAGCAAAGUAAAUUUGGAGGUUAUAAAGCCUUGGAUAACAAAACGAGUAACGGAAAUCCUUGGGUUUGAAGAUGAUGUUGUGAUUGAGUUUAUAUUCAACCAGCUGGAAGUGAAGAAUCCAGACUCCAAAAUGAUGCAAAUCAACCUGACUGGGUUUUUGAACGGGAAAAAUGCUAGAGAAUUUAUGGGAGAACUGUGGCCGCUGCUCUUAAGUGCACAAGAAAACAUCGCUGGAAUUCCUUCUGCUUUCCUAGAACUGAAGAAAGAAGAAAUAAAACAGAGACAGAUAGAACAAGAAAAGUUGGCAUCUAUGAAAAAGCAAGAUGAAGACAAAGAUAAGAGGGAUAAGGAAGAAAAAGAAAGCAGCAGAGAAAAAAGAGAAAGGUCUCGAAGCCCACGAAGACGCAAAUCCAGAUCUCCUUCCCCUAGAAGACGAUCUUCCCCUGUCAGGAGAGAGAGAAAGCGCAGUCAUUCUCGGUCUCCCCGUCACAGAACCAAAAGCCGGAGUCCUUCCCCUGCUCCAGAGAAGAAGGAAAAAACUCCUGAGCUCCCAGAACCAUCAGCAAAAGUGAAAGAGCCUUCAGUACAAGAGGCCACUUCUACUAGUGAUAUCCUGAAAGUUCCCAAGCCUGAGCCUGUACCAGAGCCUAAAGAACCUACUCCGGAGAAAAAUUCCAAAAAAGAAAAGGAAAAGGAGAAGACCCGACCAAGAUCUCGGUCACGUUCCAAAUCAAGAUCCCGGACGCGUUCUCGCUCUCCUUCUCAUACUCGACCUAGACGGCGCCAUAGAUCCAGAUCAAGAUCAUACUCACCUAGAAGGCGGCCAAGCCCAAGAAGGCGGCCGUCUCCUCGAAGAAGAACUCCACCAAGACGAAUGCCUCCUCCGCCAAGGCACAGAAGAAGCAGAUCGCCAGUGAGACGAAGAAGGCGUUCGUCAGCAUCCUUGUCUGGAAGUAGCUCGUCCUCGUCUUCGUCUCGCUCCCGGUCGCCGCCAAAGAAGCCUCCUAAGAGGACGUCCAGCCCCCCGCGAAAAAUGCGGAGGCUGUCUCCCUCAGCAAGUCCUCCCAGGCGAAGGCACAGGCCAUCACCUCCAGCAACUCCUCCGCCAAAAACUCGCCAUUCCCCAACACCUCAGCAGUCAAACCGGACAAGAAAAAGUCGUGUUUCUGUCUCUCCUGGGAGAACUUCAGGUAAAGUGACAAAACAUAAAGGUACUGAGAAAAGAGAGUCCCCUUCACCAGCACCCAAGCCUAGAAAAGUAGAGUUAUCUGAGUCAGAAGAAGAUAAAGGUGGCAAAACGGCUGCAGCAGACUCUGUGCAGCAGAGACGCCAGUACAGACGACAGAACCAGCAGUCAUCAUCUGAUUCUGGCUCCUCAUCUUCCUCAGAAGAAGAGCGACCCAAGAGGUCCCAUGUGAAGAAUGGGGAGGUAGGCCGGCGGCGGAGACGUUCCCCUUCCCGGAGUGCCUCUCCGUCGCCUCGGAAACGCCAGAAAGAGGCUUCCCCUCGGAUGCAGAUGGGAAAGCGAUGGCAAUCGCCAAUGACUAAAAGUGGCCGCCGGAGGAGAAGUCCCUCCCCCCCGCCCACCAGAAGGCGCCGUUCCCCCUCUCCUGCUCCACCUCCUCGCCGGCGCAGGUCUCCCACCCCGCCACCGCGACGAAGGACUCCUUCUCCUCCCCCUCGUCGGCGCUCACCUUCCCCAAGAAGAUACUCUCCUCCAAUACAGAGGAGAUACUCUCCUUCCCCACCUCCGAAGAGAAGAACGGCUUCUCCCCCGCCCCCUCCUAAACGCAGGGCAUCGCCGUCUCCACCACCAAAGCGCCGCGUCUCCCAUUCUCCGCCUCCCAAACAAAGAAGCUCCCCAGCCAACAAGAGACGUUCACCUUCAUUGUCAUCAAAGCAUAGGAAAGGGUCUUCCCCAGGCCGGUCCACCCGGGAGGCCCGGUCCCCACAACCAAACAAACGGCAUUCGCCCUCACCACGGCCUCGAGCUCCUCAGACCUCCUCAAGCCCUCCGCCCGUUCGAAGAGGCGCCUCAUCGUCACCCCAAAGAAGGCAGUCCCCGUCUCCAAGUACUAGGCCCAUUAGGAGAGUAUCCAGGACUCCGGAGCCCAAAAAGACAAAAAAAGCUGCCUCACCAAGCCCUCAGUCUGUAAGGAGAGUCUCAUCCUCCCGAUCUGUCUCAGGAUCUCCUGAGCUAGCAGCUAAAAAACCUCCAGCACCUCCAUCUCCUGUCCAGUCUCAGUCACCCUCUACCAACUGGUCACCAGCGGUACCUGUCAAAAAGGCUAAAAGCCCAACACCAAGCCCAUCACCUGCGAGGAAUUCAGACCAAGAAGGGGGUGGAAAGAAAAAGAAGAAAAAGAAGGACAAGAAACACAAAAAGGAUAAGAAGCACAAGAAACACAAAAAACACAAGAAAGAAAAGGCUGUGGCUGCGGCUGCUGGAACUCCUGCAGCCCUUGCUGCUCCCACCACCACAUCAGCACAGGGAGACCCGGAGGCAGGGCCGGAGCCCAGGAAGGAGACGGAGAGUGAAGCUGAGGAUAACCUGGACGACUUAGAAAAGCACCUGCGGGAAAAGGCCCUGCGAUCCAUGCGGAAGGCUCAAGUGUCCCCACAGUCUUAG